AUGUACGACUUGCUUGAAAAGCUUGGUACCGGUUCAUUUGGAACUGUUUAUAAAGCCAUUCAUAAGGAAACGAACGAAGUAGUCGCUAUUAAACAAAUUGAUUUGGAAGAUUCUGAUGAUGAUAUUAGUGAGAUUCAACAAGAAAUUGCUUUAUUAUCGCAAUGUGACUCACCAUACAUCACACGUUAUUAUGGCUCGUUUAUCAAAGGAUUUAAAUUAUGGAUUGUGAUGGAAUAUUUAUCCGGUGGAUCAUGUUUAGAUUUGCUUAAACCUGGUCCGUUUGAUGAACAAUAUCUUGCCAUAGUUCUAAGAGAACUUUUAUAUGGUUUAGAAUACUUACAUGUUGAAGGCAAAAUUCAUCGAGAUAUCAAAGCUGCAAAUAUUCUGCUUUCUGGUGAUGGAAAAGUCAAAUUAGCUGAUUUUGGUGUCGCUGCACAGCUUUCAAAUAAUAAAAGUAAACGAAAUACUUUUGUUGGCACUCCAUUUUGGAUGGCACCUGAAGUAAUUCGACAGGCUGGUUAUGACCACAAGGCUGACAUAUGGUCUCUAGGAAUUACAGCUAUUGAAAUGGCUAAAGGAGAACCACCAUUAUCUGAAUACCAUCCAAUGCGUGUUCUUUUUCUCAUCCCUAAGGCCAAGCCUCCCGUUUUGGAGGGCAAUUUUUCAUCUGCAUUCAAGAACUUUGUUGAAUUAUGUUUGACAAAGAAUCCUCUCGAUCGACCUACCGCAAAAGAAUUAUUGAGGCACCGAUUUAUUAAGUCAGCUCGCAAUACAGUAUCAUUGCAAGAGCUUGUUGAACGAUAUGAAGUUUGGAAAUCUAAUGGCCCACAAAGAGCUGCUUCUGUUUUCCAGAAAACUUUAACUCUAAACAAUAAUAUAACGGAAUUAGUCUGGGAUUUCGAAACUAUCAAACAAGCGGCAAAAAAUGGCACCAUAAAGUUAGAGACGAGCAAGGAUGGUACUUUCAAGAUUGAAACAAAGAAUGAUGGAACUAUCAAGUUAGAGACAAAUAAGGAUGGUACUAUAAAAUUAGAUCCAGCCACAAUAAAACGAUUGGAAAAGGCAACUUUAUUAUCUUGUUCAUCGAAUUAUUCUACAGUUCGAGCUUCUGAUUUUGCCAAUCAAAGAAAUCUAGAGGUUAUGGCAAAUUCCAAUGUGAAUGGAACAAUAAUCCAAACUUCAUCUGCAAAACAAAUUCUUACGGUUGAUUCGCUUUAUAUGAAUGGCAGUGGACUGGAUACUGUAAGAGCACCAAGGCCCUUUAGUGCGGCUAGCACAACUUCAAGUAGAUCAUAUUCAACAAUCUCUAGAAAAAAUAUUGCUGAACCUGUAACUGAAGAAGGAUUUGCUGGAAGACAGCUUGUUAAAGAAGUUAUUCUACCUUCAAUAUCGCAGAUCAAGUUAAAAGAAUUAAGAGCAAAUGAGAUUGAAGCUAUAAAUACUUUAGAGAAAGGAAUCGAGGACCUAGAUCAUGCUAAUCCAGAUUUGGUUGUAACGGUAUUAGUGGAUAUCCUAUCACGGAUGAAAAAUAAUGUUGAAGUAUGUGACAAAUUAUCUGAUUUGGGAAUCGUUUCAGACGCGUUUUUAACAGCAAAUAAUCAUUCAACUACAGACACCGCAUCAUCGCGAAGUGGAUUGAGCAAUUACGGAUGA